AUGGCCUGGUACUGUUCUGGCACGACCAACGCGGAGUUGGUCGAGAACCUGUACAACGAAGGACUGAUCAAAAAUGAUCGAGUGAAAAAAGCCAUGAUGGGAGUUGAUCGCGCCCAUUACGCACCCUCACGACCGUACUCCGACUCGCCCCAACCAAUCGGCCAUGGUGCGACGAUAUCAGCUCCACACAUGCACGGCCAUGCCUGUGAGUACUUGGUCGACUUUCUCAAACCGGGAUCACGAGUGUUAGAUAUCGGCUCGGGUUCCGGGUACUUGACACACGUUCUCGCCAAUCUCGUGACAGACCUGUCGCCGGUCGAUGGCACCGGCGGCCAGGUCAUUGGAGUUGAUCAUAUACCAGAACUGGUUGACCUAGCUCGAGCAAAUAUGAGCAAGUCAGAGCAAGGCCGAAAACUCCUGGACUCUGCAAAAGUAAAAUUUAUCAUCGCCGACGGUCGACUCGGGUGGAGAGAGGGGGCCCCGUAUGAUGCGAUCCAUGUGGGUGCAGCGGCAGAUAGGCUGCACCCGCUGCUAAUUGAACAGCUACGUGCUCCAGGACGGUUGUUCAUACCCGUGGAUGCGGAGAACGAUGACGGCCCAGUGAGUAGUCUUGCGUUCGGUGGCGGGCAAUUCAUCUGGGUGGUCGACAAGAAAGAAGAUGGCUCUGUUCAAAAAGAAAAGGUCUUCCAAGUGAGCUAUGUGCCAUUGACGGAUGCACCGAAGCGAUAA